ACUCUACGGUGUGAGUUUUCCAGUCAGCUUACCGGUGGUUUCCUGUGGUCUAGAGAUUUUCACCAUGUUGCCACUAGCCAUUGUGUGUGCUUCCUAUGAAAGUGUGUGUGAGUUGAGCAACAUGAAUCGGUGUGAGGACAGAGAGGAAGGAGCCCAUCCCUCCAAAAUCACUCUGUGUGGGGAACAUGACAGCCAGACCAAAGCUCAGAGCCCAAAGCAGCAGCUCACACCAGACUCUCCUGAACCUGGACCCAGCUCUGUGUCCUUGAGGAGUGGCUGGUCUAUCGAUGAUGAUAUUAAUUUGAGGAUCCUUCAGAGAUCAGACUCUCCUGGAUAUCCACCCAGCUGUGUGUCCUUCAAGAGUGACUGGUCCAUGGAGCCCCCUAUAUUUUUCAAAGGACAGCGUUUCCCAAUGGCAGAGAUCCUUCAGAGAUCAGACUAUCCUGGAUAUCCACCCAGCUGUGUGUCCUUCAAGAGUGGCUGGUCCAUGGAGCCGCCCAUAUUUUUCAAAGGACAACAUUUCCCAAUGGCAGAGACCCAUCAGACAUCAGACUCUCCUGGAUAUCCACCCAGCUGUAUGUUCUUUAAGAGUGACUGGUCCAUGGAGCCGCCCAUAUUUUUCAGAGGACAGUGUUCCCCACUUGCAGAAUUGGACCAGGAGAGCUUAGAGGUUCCCAGUGGUCAGUCUGGCCAGCAGCAUCAAGCAUACCUGUUCUCCAUAUUUAGGGUGCUGGAGGAGAACAUCAUCACUUUUGUAAAGAACGAGCUGAAAAAGUUCCAGAAGGCUCUGACUUCAGAUUACCUGGAUUGCUUAGAGAGUCAGAGGGAUGAUGAGGAGGUGUUGGAUGAUGAGGAUAAAAAGCAGAGGAGGAGCAGCAGAGAAGCAUUUCUGGAAAUCACACUGCACUUCCUAAGGAGAAUGAAGCAGGAUGAGCUGGCUGACUGUCUGGAGAGAAAAAGUCCUCCUGGAGUUUGUCAGCGUAAACUCAAGACUAACCUACAGAAGAAGUUUCAGUGUGUGUUUGAGGGGAUUGCUAAAGCAGGAAACCCAACCCUUCUCAAUCAGAUCUACACAGAGCUCUACAUCACAGAGGGAGGCACCGCAGAGGUCAAUGAUGAACAUGAGGUCAGACAGAUUGAAAGAGCAUCCAGGAAACCAGACAGACCAGAAACAACAAUCAGACAAGAAGACAUCUUUAAAGCCGGACCUGGAAGAGAUGAACCAAUCAGAACAGUGAUGACAAAGGGAGUGGCUGGCAUUGGGAAAACAGUCUUAACACAGAAGUUCACUCUGGACUGGGCUGAAGACAAAGCCAACCAGGACAUACAGUUCACAUUUCCAUUCACUUUCAGAGAGCUGAAUGUACUGAAAGAGAAAAAGUACAGCUUGGUAGAACUUGUUCAUCACUUCUUCGCUGAAAUCAAAGAAGCAGGAAUCUGCAAGUUUGAAGGGUUCCAGGUUGUGUUCAUCUUUGACGGUCUGGAUGAGUGUCGACUUCCUCUGGACUUCCACAACAAUGAGUUCCUGACGGAUGUUACAGAGUCCGCCUCAGUGGAUGUGCUGCUGACAAACCUCAUCAGGGGGAAACUGCUUCCCUCUGCUCGCCUCUGGAUAACUACACGACCUGCAGCAGCCAAUCAGAUUCCUUCUGAGUGUGUUGACAUGGUGACAGAGAUCAGAGGGUUUACUGACCCACAGAAGGUGGAGUACUUCAAGAAGAGAUUCAGAGAUGAGGAGCAGGGCAGCAGAAUCAUCUCCCAUAUCAAGAUAUCACGAAGCCUCCACAUCAUGUGCCACAUCCCAGUCUUUUGCUGGAUCACUGCUACAGUUCUGGAGGAUGUGUUGAAAACCAGAGAGAGAGAAGAGCUGCCCAAGACCCUGACUGAGAUGUACAUCCACUUCCUGGUGGUUCAGUCUAAAGUGAAGAACAUCAAGUAUGAUGGAGGAGCUGGGACAGAUCCACACUGGAGUCCAGAGAGCAGGAAGAUGAUUGAGUCUCUGGGAAAACUGGCUUUUGAGCAGCUGCAGAAAGGCAACCUGAUCUUCUAUGAAUCAGACCUGACAGAGUGUGGCAUCAAUAUCACAGCAGCCUCGGUGUACUCAGGAGUGUUCACACAGAUCUUUAAAGAGGAGAGAGGACUUUACCAGGACAAGGUGUUCUGCUUCAUCCACCUCAGUGUUCAGGAGUUUCUGGCCGCUCUUCAUGUCCACCUGACAUUCAUCAAAUCAGGAGUAAAUCUGCUGUCAAAAAAACAUUCAACUUCCCGCAAGUCUGUAACAAGGAAACACAAACCUGAACUAAAACAUCUCCACCAAAGUGCUGUGGACAAUGCCUUACAGAGUCCAAAUGGACACCUGGACUUGUUCCUCCGCUUCCUCCUGGGUCUUUCACUACAGACCAAUCAGAAACACCUACAAGGUCUGCUGAGACAGAUAGGAAGUAAUUCACAGACCAACCAGGAAACAAUCCAGUGCAUCAAGAAGAAGAUUGAAAAGACUCUCUCUGCAGAGAAAAGCAUUAAUCUGUUCCACUGUCUGAAUGAACUGAACAAUCGUUCCCUAGUGGAGGAGAUCCAGCAAUCCCUGAGUUCAGGAAGUCUCCACACAGAUUUUCUCUCUCCUGGCCAGUGGUCAGCUCUGGUCUUCAUCUUACUGUCAUCAGAAGAAGAUCUGGACGUGUUUGACCUCAAGAAAUACUCAGCUUCAGAGGAGGCUCUUCUUAGGCUGCUGCCAGUGGUCAAAGCCUCCAACAAAGCUCUACUGAAUGGCUGUAACCUCACAGGGAGAAGCUGUGAAGCUCUGUCCUCAGUUCUCAGCUCCCAGUCCUCUAGUCUGAGAGAGCUGGACCUGAGUAACAAUGACCUCAGUGAUUCAGGAGUGAAGCUGCUGUCUGUUGGACUAGGGAGUCCACACUGUAAACUAGAAACCCUAAGUCUGUCAGUCUGUCUGAUCUCAGAGAAAGGCUGUGUUUCUCUGGCCUCAGCCCUGAGCUCCAACCCUUCCCAUCUGAGAGAGCUGGACCUGAGAUACAAUCAUCCAGGAGACUCAGGAGUGAAGCUACUGUCUGCUCGACUGAAGGAUCCACACUGCAAACUGGACACUCUCAGGGUGGAGCCUGGUGGAGCCCGAUGGUUGAAACCAGGUCUGGGGAAGUAUUCCUGUGAACUCGCAUUCGACACAAACACAGUACACAGCAACCUCAAACUGUCUGACAGCAACAGGAAGGUGCUAUAUGUGGACGAGGAUCAGUCAUAUCCUGAUCAUCCAGACAGAUUUGACUUCUGGCCUCAGCUUCUGUGUAGCACUGGUCUGACUGGUCGUUGUUACUGGGAGGUCGAGUGCAGACCACCGCUUUCCAUAGCAGUGAGUUACAAAGGAAUCAAAAGGAAAGGAUUUACAGGCACUAACUUUGGAGAGAAUGAUCAGUCCUGGAGUCUGUUCUGCAGUGUUGAUGGUAGUUACUCUGUCAGUCACAAUCACAGAACAACAGACCUUCCUUACUUCUCCACCUCAUUCUUUUCCUCCUCCACCUCUGGCUCCAAUAGAAUAGCAGUGUAUCUGGACCAUCCUGCUGGCACUCUGUCCUUUUACAGAGUCUUCUCUGAAACAAUGUUCCCCCUCUACACCUUCAACACCACAUUCACUGAACCUCUUUAUCCCGGGUUUAGGCUGUGGUCUUGGACACCUUGUUCCUCAGUGUCUCUGUGUUCUCUGUAGGUCUGAGAGUCUCCUGCUGUUAGAGAAACCCUCUGCUGAUCUGUUGAGUCUAGAUGGGAUCACAGUUACUUUAAUUAAGAAUGACUGAAAGGAUUCCUCAUUGACAUUGUAAACUUCUUCCACUACCAGUCCUUUAGAGACUGAAGCUAUGAUCAUUUAAAUGUAGAAAUGCUCUUGAUUUGUACCUUCUGUCAUUUUUUCAUUUUGAAUUCUGUUUCUUGUCACAAUAAAAG